UGUCGGCCUCGAACGGGACGAGAACUCCCAAUGUCAACCAUGCCCUAUCGGAAAGUAUUCUGCAACUCUUCAACAGCAGUGCAUCGAAUGCAACCAGUCCUUAACCACCGUCGGAGAGGCAGCAUCUCACUGUGUUCCUGAGGGACCCUGUAAAGACAACACUUGUAAUGGACAUGGUGAAUGCCUGGUCAACAAGGAAGACUUCAAACACAUCUGCGUGUGUCGUUUCGGAUAUUUACCCAGCGAUGACUGCAAUACACCAGCAGUGUACCUGAUCUUGAUGGCUUCUCUCGUUUUCGCCACCACCCUCACCACCCUCGUCAUAGCUCUCAUUCAGUUCCUGAGAAAGAGAAGGGCUCUGAAUGCAAAGGAAAUUGAACUCGUCAAUACCAAUCGUGACCUCUACCGCUCCAACAGAAAGCUCAGUCAAAUCAACCAUGGCACGUGCAUUGAAUGGUCUGAUCUCAAGAUUCAGAGACAACUUGCCGAGGGAAGGUUUUGUAAAGUGUUACUUGCUGAGUUGGGAGAUAUGGCAGUUGUUGUCAAGCGACUUCCACCCUUUGUUUCAACUGCAUCGCCAUACGAUUCCUUUGUUCAAGAAGCGGAAGUUCUACGAACAUUAAGCCACCCAAAUAUAGUUUUAUUCUUGGGAGCAGGAAAGGAUACGCAAUCCAGGUGUCCAUUUCUUGUGAUGGAAUACUUGAUGCGAGGUUCUCUCUGCGAUGUUCUCCAUGAUCCGUCCAACAAGAUUGACCACCCAGAUCGACUGCGAUUCUCCCUGGAUGCUGCAAGAGGUGUCAAGUAUCUGCAAAACAGAGAUCCACCCAUGAUCCACCGUGACAUCAAGUCAGCCAACAUGCUUGUCAGUGACAAAUGGGUGGUGAAGAUCGCCGACAUGGAAACAGCACGAUUCCUAGCCAUCCUUCAUCCCGAUGGUAUUGAAUCUAAUGAGAGGAAAACAGGGUGCAAGCAGGCAAGAGAUCACUCGACACGCACAGUAUCAUAAUACAACCCACUCUGAUCAACUAACAACCCCAUUAUUGGGUGCUACAGGUGUCACAUCUGAUGUGGAUCGCACUGAUGACGACAGAGCUACAAGAGCUACGGAGAAAAUGACGUCACGUAUUGGAAUGACGUGUGGAGUUGGUACCGAUCGCUGGCGAUCACCUGAAUCCAUCAAGAAGAAUCUGUACACGGAGAAACACGAUGUCUACAGCUUUGGCGUGGUUAUGUGGGAGCUCUCAACUCGACAGAUACCUUAUGAACACCUCAGCAACUCUGACGAUAUCCUGGAUGAAAUUGCAGGUGGCACCAAGCCCAUCUUUCCACCAAACAUACCCUAUGGGUAUCGUCACAUCGCUGAGCAGUGUAUCAAGACAGAUCUACAGGAGAGACCGUCAAUGCAGUGCAUUGUCCAAGAGUUGCUGUCACAAAUUGAUCGCAACUGACAUGCGGCUCCACCAUCACACGAAGCAAAGUACACCGCAAUUCACAACGCUCGCAGAUAUCCUUCACUUCUUCCAAUGAUGUAUUUCCCAGUGCAUUCCCCGAUAACUGCACAAAUUUGAAAUUUAGAAGUACGUACACUUUGUUUCAUAUGUACGUAUUUGUCACCUUUCGAACUGCUCAUUAUUCCCGCAACAAUCUGUUUCCACCUGUGAAUGCACGCAUUGGAGGCAAAGAGUGGUGGUCCAACCUGAUCCAAUCGAGGUAGUCACACAAGCAACGCAGUGAGUUGCGACUAAAUGCUCAUCGUCCUCUUACUGUUUCUACUAUGCGCUGCGCUUCUGCACAUUGAGCACUCUGCAGGCGGCUGACUAAAUCCGGCCUAACACGAUCUCACAAAUAUGCACAUCAGCUUACAUGAUGUCACGUACUUAUCAGAUCACACCUGGCCCGUGUCAACACCUGCCUCAACAACCACAGCCAAACUUUCAACGAAAUAAUUGGAGCACAGUUUAAAGUGCAAACAUACAUACAUGUACAUACUUCACGUACCGCGCUAACACUGCACUGCUAGCCCCUGCCUUCGACAACCACACACUCUGCACACAGCCCCUGCCUAAAACACCACUGCUACUACGCUAGCCCCCACAGUCUCAAACAGCUUUUUAUACCACCCUCUCCUGGCAUAUACAUGUAUACCGGCAUGGUCGGCACCCGAUCUUCAUGUUGCCUGAUGAUUGCGCGAGCAUGAAACUUAAAGUAGCAGCAAACAAGCCUUGAUUGUCCUUGUUGUUCUGUUGUGCACUUCACGUACACGUAUCUUGUGACGAUGUGAAAUAGUUAUACCAGCCUUGUUACAUGUAUGUUGAGAAUCUCAUGCAAACAUAUAGUACAUACUUCACUUGUAGCUUGUAAAGAUGUAUAAUGUUUAUGACAGCCUGUUAUAUUGAGAAUCUCAUGCGUACACCGCCAAACAAGGUCACAUGCAUAGCAAUCUUGCCAAAUGCUUUGUUUCACAAGAUUUCAUUCUGCUUUCUAACGUGUGUCUGCAUUGUGUGGCAUUGUGCACUGCUUUCAAAAUAUUAUUAAACACAAGAUAUUAGUACUCGUGGCGACAUA